AAGCUCCGCCUCUCAGCGGCGCCUUCUAAAUGCGUUCUUCCGACUGAUUCUCCCUUUUCUGCUUCAGUCCGCCAUCGAGUGCGUGCUCUUCCCUCUGAGCCAAACCAUGUCUUCUCAUAAGACUUUCAGAAUCAAACGAUUCCUGGCCAAGAAGCAAAAGCAGAAUCGUCCCAUUCCUCAGUGGAUUCGGAUGAAGACUGGUAAUAAAAUCAGGUACAACUCCAAGAGGAGACACUGGAGGAGGACCAAGCUGGGACUGUAAGGAGUUGCACAUGAGCUGCAGCACAUUUACCCUCUCGGAGAGCAUAAGAUGAUACCCUCUUUUUCAUGGUCAAGAUAAAACCACCGUAUCAAGCUUAAAAAUACCAUUGGUGGGACAGUGGAAUAUACUUAAUCAGGAUUCUUAAUUCAUUUUCUGUGAUCAGCACUAUUAGAUCAACAAUAAAUAUUUGAAACCUUU